UUUAGGUGCAAAACUUUUAUAAAUGCCAGUGUCGUUAAACAAUUGAAAUGAGUCGUUAUUCGAACGUAAAACAAACAACUUGUGUGGUGGUGAAUUCCGUGUUUUUGUUUCAAAAUUAAUUCAAAUUGCCAAACAACGAAUUUCCGUUAAAUUUUUGAAAUUGCAUUUAAAUAUUUUUUUUGUGAAUUUGAAAGCAAACAACAACUGUUCGAACUGAAAUAAAACAUACUUUGCCAGGAUUAAAAGUAUGAUUUUAUAAAGUUUCUUAAUUAAAAAAGUGAUCGUCAUUUUACAAAAAACGCUAACAAUUGCUAUAAAAUCUUUUAAAAAUGUUGUGUACAAAAAAUAAAUUAAAAAAUAAUUAAAAUAUACGACAAAGUUUAAAUACUAGUGUCAUUAACUAGUCUUCAGCUGGAAAGAAAAAAUAAUUAUUUAACAGAAAAUUAAUUUGUGUUGCAAACAGCAAGAAAAAAAAGAAACGUUUGUAAUCAAAAUGAAGACAUUAUUAAUAUUAAUUUGUUUAACAAUUGGCAUUUUAAAUGUCUACUGCGCCAGUGAAAUAAAUAAACCCACUAAACUAACGACAACAAAACAAAUUGCUGAUGACACAACAACAACAACGAAUACAGCAGCAGCAACAGCCGCCGCAUCUGCACCAGUUGCAGCAAUUGCAUUAACAAAUGACGCUACCAAAGAUAAAAGAGAAACAAAAGACACAAAAGAUGCAUCCACUGUCUAUGCAAAUCAUCGAUCAGAUACAGCAACCGCCAUUGUCCAUAGAAACACUAAUGCAAAUGACGAUGAUCCCGAAAGUCCACAAGAAACGGUUUACGGAACAAAUGCCCGACAAUUUCUAAUAAGACCACAGCAACAACAUUUGCAACAGCAGCAGCAACAAAAUGAAGAAGAACAACUGCCACCACAAUUGAGAAAUUAUCCGGCCACCAUAAGGCCUCACAAUACACAGCUACUGGAACAAAGUCAGGAG